AUGUCAGAGUUCGCAUCUCGAAUCGUAGAAGUCGUAGGAAAGCUACAAAAAGAGCUGAGAUGUGGAAUUUGCUGCUCAACAUUCAAAGACCCAGUCCACGCCACCUGCCAUCACAGCUUCUGCCGAUCUUGCCUAGAUUCCUGCUUCCAGCGAAAACGAAAAGUCCAAUGCCCAAUCUGCCGAACAAUUCUGGACAAACGAAGCUGUCGAGACACCUUUCAAAUCACACACGCCGUGCAAAACUAUCUAAAACUCGCGGAAGCUUUCAAGCAAGAUAUUGAAAAUAUGAAGACGUUUCGAACAUUACCACCUGAAAAGGCGUUCUUGGAGAGUCAAAUGCCACUGGACGUCACUAUUAUCCCAGAAAACGAUGGAAAACGAUGCGCUCCGGAGUUUGCGAUCCCCUUGUUGCCGGCGAGACGAAAAAGAGCAAGCAAACCUGCAGAACCAUCUACCUCCGAUCCUCCCACUGAAUUCAGCGUUUUCGCUGUGCCAAAAUCGCCACCGAAGAAAAAGUCAGUGCUUGAAAAGCCUGAAAGGACUGAAUCUAAAGCCACGCCACCAAAAAAGAUAGAUUCUGGAACUACAACAGAUCCUUUGAAAGUCCAACUUGCCGAACUGCAAGCGCUGGACAUACAGGAAUAUAUAGACGCCUUCCAGCAAUGCGGCGAGGACGAUGAGAUAGAUGCACUUUUCAAAGUGAUGCCAACAUUGAGAACGUUUAUUCGAAAGAACGUCAACCAAAUCAUCAACAAGCUUUGCGUCACGAUUCCAGCCACUGAAAAACGAAAAUCCGACAAGCGAGUCUCGUUUGCCAGCAGUCAGGAGCUUGAGCAGCAUCGGUAUCCGGAUCCAGUAGAAUCUGUGGAAACUGUGCUAGACGAACCAGUGGUGAUAAGGCCGAAGCCGAAAUCAGCAGAAGGAGAACAGGAUGAGGUUGUGGAGGAUUCAGAAGGAGAGGACGAUGGAGAUACACAGGAUAUCGCAGAGAUUACUCAAGUAGGCUUUAAAUCACUGGAGCUAACCAAAUCACUAGAAUUUUUCAGUUCACGGAAGGCGACGACACCGAGAAGGCGGUUCAAAGCGAGGCGGAUCGAGUGGACGAGGAGCUCUCCAGGCUGCCGAAGACGAUCGUCUGCUCCAGAAUCCAUAACGAUCGGGACGAAGUAUAAUUUAAUAAAAACAACUUUCAGACGAUCGUGUAAUUCCGCAAAAAUCGCUAGCCUACAUCCAAGCGAUCGCUCGAAAAUGUAUCAUCGUUGGACGCGACACCUCAUCGAACUGGUUCAACUGUGUGGCGGCGAGAUACUGAGCAGUUAUGAGAAUCAGAAGCCGGAAAAUCUGUACAUAAUAUUCUCGAAAAACUCGGAAGCAAUCGGUGAAGCACGCAACAUGAAGGCUCUGUACAACUGUCAAGUGCUCACAAUGGAAUGGGUUUUGGAUAGUAUCAGCGAGUAUUCGAGACUUCCAACGGAGACGUAUCAGGCGGUGGAU